UGCCUUUUCAGAGCGUUUGUUUAUUUUAAGCUUAGUACUGAGCGGCUCCUGCAGCCCGUGGACCGUGGCUGGUGCGAACACGCCCCUGUAAAGUCAUGAAUAAUGGCCUGUUGAGCUCGAGCUGGGCUCGGGGAGGUGAUGUCUCUUUAAGAAGCAGGGCUCUCAGCCUCAGCAGAAACAAUCGUACAACCCCCCAACAAGUCAUCGCAGCUGUCAAUCAUCCGGUCGGCGCCUUUUGAUGUCGGGACUCCUCGCCAUGUCUUUGGUCUGAAAUGAGCUGUUUGCUGUAGCGGAGAAACAUUAGUGCUCUCUCUGUCCGCCUCACGCUGCUCAACUUUUCCUCUGUUACUGCAUGUGGAGAGGAGCUUUCUACCGUCACGCUGAGGACUUUUAACUCACAAAGUCCCAUUACUUUUCUCCCUUUUAUUUAUUUAUUCUUUUUUUUUCUUUUGGGAGUUGUCGUUAUUUUUUUUAAGUGUGAAACAUCGUCCGGGCAGGGGGAACAGUCGACAUGCCUCAGCUGAGCAGCGGCGGCGGGGACGACCUGGGAGCCAAUGAUGAGAUGAUAGCGUUUAAAGACGAAGGGGAACAGGAGGAGAAAAUCCAAGAAAACGCAUUUACAGAGAGAGACCUGGCAGACCUGAAGUCUUCCCUGGUCAACGAGUCGGAAAUAAAUCAGAGUCCGAGCGCAGCGGCGGUCAGACGAGGACAGCAGGGCGAGCAGAGGGGCUUUGCAGAGAAACAGCGGGAGCAUAUUGACGGAGUGUCGAAGCAGCAAGAUGGAGGCAUGUAUAAGACGCCAGCUUACCCCGGAUACCCCUUCCUGAUGCUGCCUGACCCCUACCUCCCCAACAGCUCGGUUUCUCCAUCCUCCAACAAAGUGUCGGUGGUGCAGCAGUCUCACGGGAUGCACUCUCUCACCUCCCUGCUGCCCUACGGCAACGACCACUUCAGUGCCAGCCCUCCGCACCUGCCCACAGACAUGAGUCAGAAAACAGGCGUUCACAGGCACCAAUCCCAGGACCUCUCAUACUACUCCCUUCCUCCAGGUGGUGUUGGUCAGAUAACUCCCUCCAUGGGCUGGCAGAGCCAGCCAGUCUAUCCCGCCCUCUCCCCCUGCGGAUUCAGACAAACCUCCUACUCCAACCUCACCAGCGCCUCCCCGUACAGGUAUCGUAACCGGCUGGUUGGACCGAGCAAAGAGAGGAAGAAGUUUCCUCAUUCUCUGAUGCUGGGCCCUUCAACCAUGCAUGCUACAGGGAUCCCUCACCCCGCGAUAGUGCCCCCCUCAGGCAAACAGGAGCAUGACCAGUACGACCGGGGCAUGUAUGUGAAGCCACAGGUGGAGCCCAAGCGGGAGAAGGAGCCCAAGAAGCCAGUCAUCAAGAAACCACUGAACGCCUUCAUGCUUUACAUGAAGGAGAUGAGGGCAAAGGUCAUCGCUGAGUGCACGUUAAAGGAGAGCGCCGCCAUCAACCAGAUUCUGGGGAGACGGUGGCAUGCACUGACCAGGGAGGAACAAGCCAAGUACUACGAGUUGGCCAGGAAAGAGAGACAACUGCACAUGCAGCUCUACCCCACCUGGUCUGCCAGAGACAACUACGAGGCGGGCCUUAGCGGGGUCGAGGGGCAAAAGAGUAAAGACGAUUGGGGCAAGAAAAAGAGAAGAAAACGAGAGAAGCAGCAGGACUCUACCACAGAUAACUCUCUCUGACUGUCCCUAGGAGGAAAAAGAAGUGCAUUCGCUACCUUCAAGGAGGAGGCUGCCCCAGUCCAACUUCUUCAGAUUUAAGUGCUAUAGACUCUCCUCCUCCCUCCUCCUCCUCCUCCUCCUCCCCGCCACGCCUCCCUCUCUACCAGCAGCAGCACCACCAGCGUCGUCCCUCUUCCUCUUCCCCCUCCCCGACACCCACGUCCCCGUCCGGUCGCCUCCCCUCGUCUCCGCCGUCCCGCACGCGCUCGCACUCGUCCCACCUCGCCCUGCAGCAGUUGACCAGCAAACACUUCGACCGCGUCCAGUCCACGGGCAAACACACACACCUGGAACUGUGCGGCAAACACAACGUGACGAUGGCGCUGUCCGCUGCCAAAGCCGCAGGACUUUCCCUGAAGGUUCUAACAGAGACUUAGUGACCGCCCCUCGGUCGCCACGACACCGGUCACGUCAGCUUCGACCACAGCUACCGACAUUCCGACAUUCACUUAUGUCAGCGUUGACCAGAAUCCCCGAAAGACGUUGCUCGUGUCGGGUCCCUGGCUGGUUUCCCAAAGUCAUUGUUCCAGUCACCGCUACCCGGUCAAAGGUCAAAGCCCCAUCACUUGGUCACUUCUUUUAUAUGUUUUGACAUAUUUGUGGUUACAGUUAAUGAUCAUCUCAAAGAUGUUACCGUAACUCCACCGGACGGUCCUGUCACACUUCUGGUUCUGAUGAUCCGAUGAGUCCUAGUAGAAAUCGAAAUACGAAAAAAAAAAAACUUGACCAACAAAAAGUUGUCCUACGUCAUCCUCUCAAACCAAGCUGUCAUCGGUUGCCAUGGAGAUUCAUAACAGCCUUGACUAUGACAGGACGACAAAUCAGAUUCGGUGUUUAUUUGCUAAGGUUCUGGACAGAACUAGACCUGACCAGGAUUGUCGCUGGUGUUUCUGUGCGACCGUUGCUAACAGCUUCUUAGGUCAGCUUUCUUUGGAUAUGCAAAAAAGAAUGAUUCAUCACCAAUCAGUCAUGGAAAACAUAUGUGUGUGGUUUGUAAAUAUUAGUUUUACCAGUCAUCCUGUUCACAUCACUGUUUGAUUAAGUCAUAUUUUGAUGGCGAACAAGGAUUAUGUAUUGAGCGCUGAACCGGGAAUCAUGGAAUCACUUAAGAUAAGCGAGCCUCUGAACAAGCAGACGAAACCCUGAGCAGUACCAGAUCAAACAGUUCCAGUUACCUCCACUUUAGCUUCGAUGACAAUCCUGAAACACAGAUCCUCUGAAAAUCAUCAUUAUCAUCAUUGAUUUUACAUGUACAGUGAUGUGCAUUAGUCUUAGACUAAAACUACCUUCUCUAAACCAUAUAGACUUAAAUAUGGUUUGUUUGAAAGCUGUUCUUGUCACGUUGGUUCCUCCAUGAAUCACUUCAAGGUGAUCUACACCUUGAUCUAGCACCGGCAGCGUCCCCAUUGAGAAAAUUCAAUGACACGUCUGAGAACACGUGGUCACUUCUGUAUUUUUCUGUUUACCCCAUCAAGAGUCCAGUCUCUUUUCUCUUUUGCCACUUCUUGAACAGUCUUUUUUAUUUUUUUUACGUUUCCCCGAAAAGACGCUACUUUGAGAUAGUUAUGGCCAGUUGCAGCUUCGUUUUGUAUUCUCUACUUUUCACCUUUUUUUUAAUAUCUUGUUGAUCAACUGUAUGGACGGUGUGAAUCAUACCAGUACAACAGUACUGGUUCUCCUGCAAAUAUCCAUUGAAAACUUGAACGAAAAGACUCGUAGAGAUUCUCAAGAAUUCAAGCAUGAAACACGUUACUAAAGACCUGAAGAUAUGUUCAAAACAGUGUAUUUUUAAUCUAGGUUUUUCCAGGUACAACAUUAAGAAACACAGAUGGCUAAUACUAAUGCACACCACUGUAAAUUUAUAUACAUAUACAUUCAUUUCUGUUACUGAGACCAAAUUUCUGAUUCAAGAGUGUCAGCCAACGACCUGUCAGCCUGACCAGCAGAACUGCUGCCAUUACUAAUAAAAACCUGACUUCAGUUACAUUUUCAAAUCAUCAAAUCAUAUUUAUUCGUAUCAUUAGUUAAGGCACUUUCAGGCCGUCACUCUCCCGUUUCUGCUAAUGUCUGCGCAUCUUAUCAUUAACCAGUUUAUUUUCAAUGUCCAUUUCUGCGGGCGGGGAAACCCUUUGAAGAAAGACAAAAUGUUUUUUUUUUUAAUAUUAUUUUAAUAUUUCUGUUUGUUUAUCCUCUUCUGGACAUUUUGCAGCUUCCUAAACCGAGACCAAAUGGGUACUAUUAUAUUGCGUUGUGUUGUAAAGUUUUUUUAAAUGUCAGAAUUCCCUAUUAUAAUUAAACUUUUAUGUUUUUAUGUAAAAAAAAAAAAAAGUCAAAUUACAAAAAAAGUUUUCACCAUUUGUUAAAGCAAUACCUUUAGCGUGUGUACUGUGCAGAGCUUUACUCUCAGAUGUCUGUUCAGUCUGUGCAUGUUUUGUAACAAUUAUUUUCUUCCAUCAGCUCAUGUUAGCGCAGCAAAACCUUCCUUCUCCAGCGGAGGGCGCUCCUGUGCUGUAAAAGCUCGUUUUCAUUUGCGGAUACAGACCUUAAGGCGAACAAUCUCACGUCCUGUGUAUUUUUUUAGGCCUCUGAUGUAUUACGUUUUCGUUUGGUGUAUUAAAAGUGUUUUGACUACAUUUUUAUUUUAUUUUUCUUCUUCAUAAAUUGCCACCCUCCAGCUCUACUUCACACAAAGACGACACACGCUGAACUUUCAUGAUUUAUUUACUCCUUCAGUUUGAAACCAUCCUAAAAACCAGCAUCAGCUUUUCCAAAAAGAAACUAAACGUUCCUAUUCAAUACAAUAUGAAUCAGGAAUGUGUUACCCAACACUGCGUGACACAACAAAGUACUUCAAGUCCAAAGGGACA